AUGGACCCCCGCAUCCUCCUUUGUCAACGAGCUGAAGAAAUCGUAUGUGUGAUCUUCAUAAGUACGCCACCCAUCCGUCAUCAGGGUCCUCAAUCCCAACACAUCGAGGAGUGUUCUCCACUCUCGAAAAUGAUGCCAUGGAUGUUGGCGAACUGGGGCCUGGCCGAUGGAGGGGGUGCAAUUGACGAUGAACCUCAUGGUGCAGAGGAGGACAAGUUUCAACGGGACACUCGCGGCUACCUUGUCGCUGGUUCAGAUGUCGGGGCUGCUUCUCGGGCUUUUGAUGUGCCUAUCCGAGCCCGCUUAGAUGUAGGGGCCUCUUCCUGUGUUCCCGAGUCCUCUGGUGAGGCUCGGGUUCAUUUGACGGGCGUCUCGGAUGCUGUCUGGGACGAAGUUCGGGUGGCUGGCGGUGUAGGCUCAUUAGCUGGUGACUCGGUAGAGGUGGUCAAAGGCUGUUUCGAUUGGAUCAGAGGCUGUCUCGGUUUGAUUGGUGUGACCUUUGGCUGCGACAGCAGUUGUAUCGGUUAA